AUGCCAGGCAUGUUGAAAAAGCUGACUGGACUUGCUGUUGGGCUGACCAUAGAAGGAAUUGUCCUGCAAACCUACACUGGUAAGCACAUUGUUUUGGAUUAUCAAGCUACCACCCUCUCUGGGAUCAAGGGAGAUCCUAGCCGUCAGGAGGUCAAAGCUUUCAUCAAUGCCAUCAACAACAUCCCAACCUGCAUUGGCUACCACCCAAGUGAGAUUUCCAGCGCUACUGUCACCUUGCACAAUUUGACCACCACUGUGGAUACCCACAUUAUCAGUCUCAGUGACCCAGAAAAGGAACUCGUCCACUGGCACCAGAGACUUGGACACUUGGACUUCAGGAAAAUCCAAUUUCUUGUGAAGGCUGGAAUGCUGGCUGUGUCUCCCAACAGGCGGACCUUGCACACUCUGUCUCAAGUCCCCAAAUGUGCUGCCUGCCAGUUUGGCAAGCAGACUGUUUUGACAAGCAAGACUCCCAGCAAGAACACUGGAGCUGUGCAUGACAAGCCUCCAACUCUCAAAGAUGGCAAAGUUUCACCUGGCUCUUUCUGCCUGGACCACCAGGUGUGCUCCACCAAGGGCGUCAAGCAGACCAGCCACGGUGGUGCCAACUCUCACUGCUACAUUGGAGGGCUGAAUGCUGUCUGUUGUAGAAGUUCAACGGUUCUCCACUUUCCCCAGGACCAUCUGAACACUCAUGAGACCCUGGAAGCCAUCAAGCUGUUGGAGAUGUUCUGCUUGGACCAUGGAGUUGUCCCCACUGAGUAUGUCACGGACAGUGGUGCCACUUUCACUUCCAAGGCAUACAAGGACUCCCUGCUGGCUGAGAACAAGCAGAGUUUUGCAGGGACCGGUGUUCACCACCACAAUGCUGUGGCUGAGCGUGCCAUUCGGACCAUCAUGUCCAUUGCACAUACCAUGAUGCUUCACUCCGCCAUCCACUGGCCCUCCAUGGCUGAUGCCACGUUGUGGCCAGCCCAUGGCUGUGGCCCAUUCAGUUUUCAUUUCAACCGAGUGCCUAAGGUUGAUUCCGGCCAGUCUCCCCUGGACAUCUUCAUGGGGACACGCCAACCACAACGGCGUCUUCAAGAUUUGCAUUUGUGGGGCUGUAUCUUCUAG